GUGUCACUGACACAGCAGCAGCAUCUGGAGUGAAUCCUGCGACGUGUGUGUUUGUGAGAGAGCUCGUCCAGGUGACGUCCAUCCACAGACACUGAUGAUGAUGAUGAUGAUGAUGAUGAUGAUGAUGAAGGGGACCGCCGCUGUCUUCAUGCUGCUCUCAGUGGCACCUGUGACAGAUGCAUCUGUCGUGUCACUGUAUGAUCCCUCAUUCUGCUACAUCCUGGACGGGUUUCUGCUCAUCUACGGCAUCAUCAUCACCGCCUUCUUUGUGCGCGAGCGGUUCAUCAUAAAGAAAAACAAAGCUGAUAAAAAUUCACUGUACGAGCCGAUUAAUAAGAGCAACCGAUCAGAAUAUGACACGAUGAAUGUGAGAGAUGCUGAAGGAGGUCGUGCUGGUCGCCGGCGAGGAGACGACACAUAUACGCCUCUGAAGAGACAGACGGACGACACGUACCGCGAGAUUGAAACCAAACCAGACCGUCGCCGUGGUGAUCAGGUGUAUCAGGGUUUGAGUUCAAUGACUAAAGACACGUAUGAUUCUCUGCACAUGCAGCAGCUUCACCCGCCACGCUAAAACAAUCUCGCAUCACCCUCAGUCAUCUAUACAGUCCACUUGAUCAAUCAGAUAUUUCAUAUCUGUACUGUACGCUUUUACAGAUUCAGAUGUGCAGCGACACAUUCAGUGUGAUUACAGUAUUUACUGUUAUUAAAGGUUUUCUUUUAGAAGUAUACAUGUAUCCAUCAGAACAACAACAACUUAAUACUUCUGUGAAUCUCAUGAUGACACGAUCAGCUGAUUUCACUAGAAAGAAAAGAUACUUCUCCAGACUCAUUAAUCAUUGGUUCAUCUUCAUUUGAUCAGUUAAUGCAUUAUAACACAUGAAUUUACAAUGAACGUUUAUUAGUCAAUGUUGUUAGAACAUAUAGUUCAUUGUUAGUUCAUGAUAUAUAAUGAUUUACUAAUGGUAAUAUAUAUAUGCAGUAUAUUGCAUGAAUCAAAUGAAGGGUGUUCUUAGACUUUAAUAUUAUUUGCAUCGUGACGUUACUGUAAUAUAUUAUUUUACUUCUGAGUUUGUAAUUCUCAUGAUUGUUAACAGUGAUUAUGAAAGUACAACACAUAUGAUCAUGAGCUACAAAUGCAGUUGAAAUAUGUCACUGUUUUCACAGGACACAAAAUCUCAUUUGUUUUUGUAUUUCAAUUUUGUGGUGAAAUUCGAGCUGGACGUGUUUUCACGAGAUUCACUGAUGAAUCAAAUGAAUCAAAUGAGUGUUCGAUCAGGAAUCAUUCAGUGUCAUUCAUCUGAUGUGACUAAAUGUUUUCUAAUUAAUCUUUACAAUCAUAUUUUUCUAUUGUUUUUAUAGUCUAAUACUGCAUUUCAUCUUUCAAACUGAGAAUUUCAUUGUAUUUUAUGUCGUUGUGAAAUCGUUGUGUAGUUCUGUCUUAUCAGCUUAUUAAAAUGAUUUUUGUUCAUUAA